AUGGUGGUCCUCGCAGCUUCAAUCUGCACUCGCGGCGGCAAGGCAGUCUUGUCGCGGCAGUUCCGCGAGAUGCCCCGGUCGAGGAUAGAAGCUUUGCUCGCUUCGCUUCCAAAGCUUGCCGACAGUGGUACCCAGCACACCACCGUUGAGCAGGACAAUGUUCGAUUCGUAUACCAGCCUCUCGACGAGCUCUACAUGGUACUCAUUACGAACCGCCAGUCCAACAUCCUCCAGGAUAUCGACUCUCUGCAUCUUUUCGCACAGGUUGUGACCAGCACCUGCAAGAGCUUGGACGAGCGGGAGAUUCUCAAGAAUGCCUACGAGCUCCUUAGCGCCUUUGACGAGUUGGUUACUCUGGGCUACAGGGAGAACUUGACCAUCAGCCAGAUCAAGACCUUCCUCGAAAUGGAGAGUCACGAGGAGCGAAUCCAGGAGAUUAUUGCGAGGAACAAGGAACUCGAGGCCACAGAGGAGCGCAAGAGGAAGGCUAAGCAGCUGGAGAUGCAGCGUAAAGAGUCUGCUCGCAGUGGCAGGCCUGGCGCGCCCAGGGCUCCAGUCUACCCGACAUAUACACCUCCGUCUCGCCCUGCAGCCACCGACACGUAUGACACAUACGAGGCUGAGAAGAACAAGUCAAAAUUUACUGCACCAAAGGGCAAGGGCAUGCAACUUGGCAAGAAAUCCAAGACGACGGAUAUGUUCGAGCGGGUGCGCGGAGAUAUGGGCAACGAGAUCGACGAUACGCCCCUUGUUGCUCCCACAACUUCCACAGCACCCGUGACUUCGGAGCCGGCACGCCGGCAGUCUGUUGGCGCUGAGCGCGAUUCUAUCCACAUCACCGUGUCAGAGAACAUCAGUGCCAAGAUUUCAAGGGAAGGCACACUAAAUUCACUGGGUGUCAAGGGUGACUUGAACCUGCGGGUAUCGGACCCGACGAUGACCAAGAUCAAACUGCAGCUUGUGGCCAACCCUACGUACGGUGCCCAGUUCCGGACACACCCUAACGUAGACCGCAACCUUUUCAACAGCUCCAAGGUCAUUCAGAUGAGCAAGGUCGAUAGGGGUUUCCCUGUCAACAACUCAGUUGGUGUGCUGAGGUGGAUGGCGACGCCAAAGGCGGAUGACACGAGUGCGCUGCCGAUCAGCUUCACCGUCUGGGUCAACAAGGGCUCUGAUGGAAACUGCACAUUGACGGUUGAGUAUGAGCUUACUGGAGGAGACGAGCUCAGGGACGUCAGUGUCUCCAUCCCAUACUCGAGCACCGAGCCGACGGUAUCGAGUUUCGAUGCGACGUAUGAGGUGUCCGGGGAUAACCUCGAGUGGUCUAUCGGCACGGUCAAUGAGGACAAUGCCAAUGGUUCCUUUGAGUUUGAGGCAAUGGCCGACGACGAAAACGAGUUUUUCCCGAUGCAGGUCCGGUUUUCCAAGACGACACCAUUUGUUGACGUGGAUAUUUCAUCGGUGACGCUCCUUGAGAUGAACGAGGAAGUCACUUUCUCAAAAGACAUCAGGUGUACUGCCGACACUUACUUGAUUGAAUAG